CUGGGGCCAGCGGUGCCAAGCGCAGCUGGACGAGCGGCGGCAGCUGGGCGAGUGACAGCCCCAGCUCAGCGCGCCGCGGCCGCCAGAGCCGGCGCAGGGGAAGCGUCCGCGGUCCCGGGCGCCAAAGCGGCCGCCUCUUUCCGCGCCUCCCGGGCCCGCAGCCCGCGGUUCCGCGGCCCCGGGCCAGCACCUCUCGGGCUCCCGCUCCCCGCGCGCAAGAUGGCUGACCCGGCUGCGGGGCCGCCGCCGAGUGAGGGCGAGGAGAGCACCGUGCGCUUCGCCCGCAAAGGCGCCCUCAGGCAGAAGAACGUGCACGAGGUGAAGAACCACAAAUUCACCGCCCGCUUCUUCAAGCAGCCCACCUUCUGCAGCCACUGCACCGACUUCAUCUGGGGCUUCGGGAAGCAAGGAUUCCAGUGCCAAGUCUGCUGUUUUGUUGUGCAUAAGCGGUGCCAUGAAUUUGUCACCUUCUCCUGCCCAGGCGCUGACAAGGGCCCAGCCUCUGAUGACCCCCGGAGCAAACACAAGUUCAAGAUCCACACGUACUCCAGCCCCACGUUUUGUGACCACUGUGGGUCCCUGCUGUAUGGACUCAUCCACCAGGGGAUGAAGUGUGACACCUGCAUGAUGAACGUCCACAAGCGCUGCGUGAUGAACGUGCCCAGCCUGUGUGGCACAGACCACACGGAGCGCCGCGGCCGCAUCUACAUCCAGGCCCACAUCGAGAGGGAGGUUCUCAUCGUGGUCGUAAGAGAUGCUAAAAACCUUGUACCUAUGGACCCCAAUGGCUUGUCAGACCCUUACGUGAAACUGAAACUGAUUCCUGAUCCCAAGAGCGAGAGCAAGCAGAAGACCAAAACCAUCAAGUGCUCCCUCAACCCCGAGUGGAACGAGACAUUUAGAUUCCAGCUGAAAGAGUCAGACAAAGACAGAAGACUGUCUGUAGAGAUUUGGGAUUGGGAUUUGACCAGCAGGAAUGACUUCAUGGGAUCUUUGUCUUUUGGGAUUUCCGAACUGCAGAAAGCCGGUGUUGAUGGCUGGUUUAAGUUACUGAGCCAGGAGGAAGGCGAGUACUUCAACGUACCUGUGCCACCGGAAGGAGGGGAAGGCAAUGAGGAACUGCGGCAGAAAUUUGAGAGGGCCAAGAUCGGUCAGGGGACCAAGACUCCCGAAGAGAAGACGACCAACACCAUAUCCAAGUUCGAUAACAAUGGGAACAGGGACCGGAUGAAACUGACCGAUUUUAACUUCUUGAUGGUGUUGGGGAAAGGCAGCUUUGGCAAGGUCAUGCUUUCCGAGCGGAAGGGCACAGAUGAGCUGUACGCGGUGAAGAUCCUGAAAAAGGAUGUGGUGAUUCAAGACGACGAUGUGGAAUGCACGAUGGUGGAGAAGCGGGUGCUGGCCCUGCCCGGGAAGCCACCCUUCCUGACCCAGCUGCAUUCCUGCUUCCAGACCAUGGACCGCCUGUACUUUGUGAUGGAGUAUGUGAAUGGUGGCGACCUCAUGUACCACAUCCAGCAAGUGGGCCGCUUCAAGGAGCCUCAUGCUGUAUUUUACGCUGCAGAAAUUGCCAUCGGUCUGUUCUUCUUGCAGAGCAAGGGUAUCAUUUACCGUGACCUGAAACUUGACAAUGUGAUGCUGGAUUCCGAGGGCCACAUCAAGAUCGCUGACUUUGGCAUGUGUAAGGAAAACAUCUGGGAUGGGGUGACGACCAAGACCUUCUGUGGCACCCCAGACUACAUCGCCCCUGAGAUAAUUGCUUAUCAGCCCUAUGGGAAGUCCGUGGAUUGGUGGGCAUUUGGAGUCCUGCUGUAUGAAAUGUUGGCUGGGCAGGCACCCUUUGAAGGCGAGGAUGAGGAUGAACUUUUCCAGUCCAUCAUGGAACACAACGUGGCAUAUCCAAAGUCCAUGUCCAAGGAAGCCGUGGCCAUCUGCAAAGGGCUGAUGACCAAACACCCGGGCAAACGACUGGGUUGCGGACCUGAAGGCGAACGUGACAUCAAAGAGCAUGCGUUUUUCCGGUAUAUUGACUGGGAGAAACUCGAACGCAAAGAGAUUCAGCCCCCGUAUAAGCCGAAAGCCUGUGGGCGAAAUGCUGAAAACUUCGACCGAUUUUUCACCCGCCAUCCACCAGUCCUAACACCUCCUGACCAGGAAGUCAUCAGGAAUAUUGACCAAUCAGAAUUCGAAGGAUUUUCCUUUGUUAACUCUGAAUUUUUAAAACCUGAAGUCAAGAGCUAAGUAGCUGUGUAGAUCUCCGUCCUUCAUUUCUGUCAUGCAAGCUCGACAGCUAUUGUGGUGACCUUUUUUUUUUUUUUUUUUCAUUGCAAAGUUGCAUCCAUGUUUUCUUUGUUGAUGAGCCUAGAGUGACCAUGUUUCAGGGACCCAAAUGUCCUCAGGUAGUUUGGAGCAUCUCUGUGAGAUGGGAUUGUGCAGAUGGCAUGUUGAAAAUGUGGCUGCAUAAUUAGCGCCUUAUCAAAGUCCUCUCAGCCUUUUUAUUCCCUAGCAUGUCAGCAAAGCAGAUCCAGUGGGGACAGAACGUGUCUGCGUUCUUUCCUUCCCCCCUGCCCCCCCCCACCCCGUGCUGCCAUUUUCACACAUCUCCCCAACUCCGACCAUCCAGAGGAGACGCUUCCUGCCAAAUACGCGGAUAAUCAAAUGCUAGCAGGCAUCUCCCCCUUCCGGACCAGGGGGGGCUUGCCUUGUAUCCAAGAAGGUGGUUGCUUUGACUUCGAGGGCAUUUCCUCCCACGCUGCCUGGUUUGGCGGCAUCGGGCGCUUUGAAAAGAACAUGCUAGAAAUACAAUUCUGCUUGUUUUUUUCUUUUAUAAAAAAAAAAAAAACUCAAGGUUGAGAAGAUUCUUCAGCCCUUUUAAAAAUUCCAAGAGUGUGCUUUUAGACCAUUUCCAUCUCAAGGCACCUCAAGGAGUCAUAAGGCAACCCACUUGGGAGCUCCCUCAAGGCUGUUCCUUUCUGAUGCUCUGUGUCCCUGGUCACCUUCCUCCCCAAACUACUUGAAGAGGGCAUUUGGACCUCCUCUCUGAAAAGACAUGGUCACUCUAGCACGGUCCAGAAGGGCCAUGGUUUGCCAUUACAUUUCAAACCUUAUUUGCUUUGGGGUUUUAUUUCUGUCAUUGUUCAAAUGCAAAAAAUAAUAAUAAUAACAGUAAUAAUAAUGACUCACUUUCAUUACACAUGCUUUGAAAUAUGUGUCCAAAUGUUAUUAACCACAACGACCUGCUUUGAUUUACCAAGAAGACGGCUCUGGAGCCUGGCAGACCCAUGCCUGUGUGGAUGGGAUUUGUCUAGGUCUGUCGUUGGCUUUGGAAAGCUAAUUAAGAGCUCUGAGAAAGACACCAUUCUUGAAGCCUCGCCAGUUGUAUUCUUCACUUUGAUGUUGUUUUGCGAGAUGUUUGUGGAAAUGUUUGUAUCUGGAUAUCUGUUAUGUGCCAUUUUUCUUCUAGCAUCGAGAUACAAUAAAAAAAAAAGAAAGAAAGAAAGCAAGAAAGAAGAAGAAAUGCUAUUUCAAGGAAAAUGGCUCUCUUUGCAAAACAUGGACCCAAACUAUAAAAAUGGGGCCUCCUGAGGCUUCUGGAUAGAAAAAAUGAAAUCCGGAGCUUAAUGUUGGCCCUAGUGCUCAGCCAGUCAGAAAGGCUGGGGCUGUGGGCCCUUCAGGGACUCCUGGUGGCCUGCAAUGGGGUGGGGUGAGCUGUCUGGGGGGCCUUUAAUGGUAGCAGAGCUCAAGGCCCACUUUCUCACCAGAGUCAAGUGUAGCUUUAUGAGCCCCCAGAAGCCCAAGGAAACCCCUUGAGUGGAGAAAUCCCAUUUGCCUCUGAGCAGACGAGGGCAGCAGGUGGUUCUCCAUUGCUGCCUCCUGUCCCCUGCUGUCUUUAGGCAGCCCUACGGAGAACUCUUGUCCCGAGUCAAGGGAUUUCCAAAAGUGCCAGGACCUCUACGAGACCAUCAAGGGGACUCAAAGAACUUGACAAAUGUCCUUGAAGCAAGACUGAUCAUUAGGAAAACCAUGAUUUGAUUGGCACUUCGGCCAAGCGGUGGAUCUUCACUCCUUUCUGCCCGCACCCACCUCCUUGCUGUGGGCUUUGGGACCAUCCCGCCUGCUGCCAUCAUGGUAGCCACAUAGACCUUAAGGGAUGCAAACGUGAGGUCCCAGCGGCCAGGUUUAGGAGGCUAGAGAAGGAAGGGAAUCGGGGCAGAACCCCCUCAUUGGAUUGGCAUCUGGAGGGAGGAAGGGACAUGCCCAGUGUCAGCCAGCUGAGAUGAUGGAUGCAACCCCAGUUUCCUGCUUCUUGGCGCCGGCCUCUUUCUGCUCUGUAACUGGCAUCUCUGAGCGGUGCCCACCCACAGACAAGUUAUUGGAGGUCUUCAUCUGGCUGUUGGGUGACCAGGUCUUUCCCUGGAUAUGCUCUCGGGAAGAUUAAAAGCCAUGGAGAAACAUUGGACCAUUGACAAGUGAUUAGAAACAACUUUGGAAAACAAUGCAGGAUGGCUGGAUGGAUAGACAGACAGAUAGGUAGAGAUACAGAAAGAUAGGUAAGAUAGAUAGAUGAUAGAUACAUAGAUAGAUAGAUGAUAGAUACAUAAAAAUAGGCAGAUAUAACUAGAAAUAAUAUACUGUAUAUAUAUAAAUAUAUAUUGCACUCUACAUAUUCCAAAUUGCUGCCAUUAUUUUUCAAAAGUUUAAUAGUUUGCAGAAAUAGGUAUCAAGCCAAAGUCUCUGUUCCCCCAACACACGGAGCUGAGGGUUGGUCAGGGAAGCCUUCCGUGGAAGGGAGGGAUCAUUCAUUAGCAUUCCUGCAGUUGCCUUUUCAAGUGCAGACGAGGCUGCGCAACAGAGCUUUCACCAUGGAUCAUCCCAGGGGAAAACUGCAAAUGUAUCCAAGAAGGAAGAUUUUUUUCAUUUCUUUUUUGCAGUCCUCCAUACCCUCCAUUCAUUCACCCAGGCAGCAUUUAUGGAGCAACGACUCUGUGCUGGGCUCUUUCUUGGGGUGCCAGGAGCAUGGUGGAGAAUUAUGAAGAUGCAGUCCAAGAGGGCAGUCAUUAAAAGCAUGGUGUGACCUAGAGAUAACUAGGUUCUUCCGGGAAGGCUUCUUUUAAGACAGAAGACGUUGGAGUUCCCUGGUUGGUUUGGUGGUUAAGGAUCUAGCAUUGUCACUGCUAUGGCUCAAGUCGCUCCUGUGAUGUGGGUUCAGUCCCUGACCCGGGAACUUCUGAGGGCUGGGUGCAGCCAAAGGAAGGGAGGAAGGAAGAAAUUGUCAAAAGUCUAAGAGGCUGAAGGAGGAAGGUGCAGCAGUGGUAGGAAGGUAGCUGGGCCGAAUUUUCUUCUAAAAAGCCAAAGGCACAGUCUCCAUACUUGAAUAGAUCACAGAAUCACCAAGAUUUGAGCAGAGACAGAUGCCUGUAUGGAGAGAGGAACCUGGGUUUGUAACCUGCAAGCAUCACCCUUUCUGGGCCUCAGGGAGACCCUGCCCCUGGCUUGAUACCACCUGGUUCUUCUAGAUGAGACAAAUUGAGAUCUUUCCAAAAGAACUUAAGUUAGAGAUGAUUUUUUUUUCUUUUUACGGCUGUACCUGCGGCACAUGGAAGUUCCCUGGCUUGGGGUUGAAUCAGAGCUGCAGCUGCUGGCCUCCACCACAGCCCCAGCAACACCAGAUCCGUGCUGCAUCUGCAACUUGUGCUGCAGCUUUCAGAAAAGCCGGAUCUUGAACGCACUGAAUGAGCCCAGGGAUCAAACCCACAUUCUGACAGAGACUAUGUCAGGUCCUUAACCCAGGGAGCCACAAGAGGAGCUCCAGAGGAGAAUUUUUAAAAAGAAACUAAAUAAGAAAAUCCAAAGAAAAUCCUAAACACCGUUCACCUGGGCCAUGGCUAGUUGUCUACCAGGAUCUUAGAAUCUCUCAUCUCUUAGACUUCUCACUAACCUGCCUCUCUUCUAAGAAAGCACAGGGCCACGGUCAUGGUGACCCUCUUGGGGGAUUACUAGGCAGCCAAUGGAAUCAGGACCCCCUCCUUAGAUGAGUGAGACUAUUCUAAUAUGGCUUCAGAUAAUAUCAGCCCACAGAGGGAUUGUCCCAACAGAGAGGCUCACUCUUUCCCAACAUCUAGGGUAGAAUUCAAUGGUAUUUUCUAUGAGGAUCUGCCCAUAAAGGCAAGUCUUCUUUUUGGACCAUGUGGCUGAUUGAAGCAUGAGUCAUCACCAGCACAAGUGGGGAAAGGCUUUCAAAAUUGGGGCUGGUGGGAAGGGACCCUCAGCUGGAGGCCCAUGGGCAGGGAAUGCCAACAUGGGGAGACUGAAAGGAGGAGGCUGCCUGGAUCAUAUCUAGAUCUGAGAUAUGAGCUCUCAGAUCUCAAAGGGGCCUGACACAGUUCUCUCCAGAUUGGGGCUCGCAACGGGGCUCUCAUGUCAGAGACCCAGAGGAUCAAUGGGAAGGAAUUUCAUAGUGUUGCCAUAGAACGAGGUCUCCAGCUUGGGGACAACUGUUAAGUUGGAAAAAAACAAAGAAGCUCCCCUCUAGUCGAGUCUUCAGUCAUUGAUUCAUUCAUUCAACAGAUAAAUGGGGAAGACCUGCCAUGUACCCAGUCUUGGUCCUGGAAAUACACAGACAAGGGCCCUCCCCUCCUGGAGAGAGGCAAUAAACAACCAUGACAGUUUCUGAGAGCAGCCAGUGCAAUGAAGACAAAAAGAUGCUAGGGUGUGACUUGUAGGGUCCAGAGCAGGAUGCCCAGGCCAUAUUAAAGGAAGAGGUGGCAUUCAAGCUUUUCUCUGAACACAGGGAAGAAUGCAUUCAGCGCCUAGGACAGCCCAGGACAGCUGGCAGCAGACAGGACAAGACAAAGGAGGAUGGGUGGGGCAUGGCAGGAGAUGGCCCACCAUCCAGAAAACAACCCCACCAGCAUCUUCAGCUCACUCCCCUUUGGCCAUGCUUGCUGAAGUGUAUUCCGUCUGCCCUCCUCACUCCCACACCCCACAUAUGCACUGCAGCUGUAAGUGGGGGGGUCCUUAGGGACCUUUACCUAUCUCAAGGGAGCAGCCAGAAAGAAGACAUUCUUGUAAGAGGUAUUUUGUAAUGGAAAAUGAGCCCAAGAGUGAGAAAUCCUUGCCAGCCAGUACCAUUUAGGGGUUAAACCUAAAGCAGAGAGGACCAUUGGCCAAACUCGAGCAAAUCAGUCAAUCUUCAUGGACCCCCCUCUCCUUCCAAUUUGACAUCACUCUGGUUUCAGCCAGGUAACCCACCAGGUACCAGGGAAACCCAUGCAUUAUCUUUGGUUGUCCUGCAAUAAAUCAGCCAUCAAGCUGCACCCCCCGCCCCGCACGCGCGCCCCCUCACCUCCCUGUCAGAGGAGCUGAGAUGAAGAUAAUUAAGAGCAGUGUGGUCGGGUAAAAAUCACCAACCCCCUGUGCAAUCUUGGGCAAGUCACUUUAUCCUUCUGUGCCUUGGUUUUCUCUUAUAUCAAAGUGCAGGAGGUGAGGAGCUCUCCCUGCCCCCAGGUGGGUGGUAAGGAUGGGAGGGUCAUAGGCUGAUAAGGACUCAGAAGGUUUCACACAGAUGUGAAAUCUUAUUAGCCCACACGCUGACAUUACCUGGUAAAAUCUGCCCCAAACUGUCGUUAGUAAACUGGGAUUAAUGCUACUCCCCCCCCCCCAAAAAAAAAGAAAUGCCAGAUGCACUAAGAGGAUAGAAUGUUUGUUUUAAGGCUGCCCUUCCAGACUAAUAGUUUGUUGACUAGAUACAUUGCUGGGAAAAACCUGGCUGAUGAAGACCCAAAUUCUAGACUGUGGGUGGAUUUCUGAGCAUCUCUUAAAAGCCUAGAUUACACCAGGGAAUGUGGGGUGGAGAGUGAUCCAUUCCUUUCAUUAAGCAGUGAUCUGAUUUCUCCAUGCUACCUUCCGGGGAAAUUCAUUAGAAAUAAUGAAAGAAGUCUCCUGGCCACAGGGGGCGCUCUUGAAUGGUUUUCUCCCAGAUGAGCUACCCCAUGACUACAUCUAUGACAUGACACGUGGUAAGAAGUAGUUUCCAACUCAAUUCAUCUCGUAGCCAAAGAAAAUGGAACGAACACAUGCAUGCACGCACACACAUGCACGUGCACGCACAUACACACAUACCCCUAUCUGGCAAUCCUUAGAGAAAUUCAAUGUCUCAUUUUCUUUUUUAGAAACUCUCCAAGUUUUCUCUCCUGAAGCCAGUAUACAAUGUGAAAGGAAAGCUAGGGGAUGGUAUCCCAAUGGAGCUGCUAAAACCUGUCAAUAUAAGGGCUCCUCCCAGCUCUGCCCAUGAGAUGUCAUCAGCUUCCCAAUAACUGGCAUGUCUCCUUCUUCUUAUGCUGUGUUAAUGUGUUUGCUUUCCAUUUGGCAGAGAGACAAGCGAGACACCUCCAAUUUCGACAAAGAGUUCACCAGACAGCCUGUGGAACUCACGCCUACUGAUAAACUCUUCAUCAUGAACUUGGACCAAAACGAAUUUGCUGGCUUCUCCUAUACUAACCCAGAGUUUGUCAUUAAUGUGUAGGCGAAUGCAAACCCCAUUGUAACGCCUGGAGUGUAAGACUUCAGGCCAAGUGUAUGUAUCAAUUCUAGUCUUCCAGGAUUCAUGGUGCAUAUGCUGGCAUUCAACACGUGGAAAGCUUGUCCUAGAGGGCUUUUCUUUGUAUGUGUAGCUUGCUAGUUUGUUUUCUACAUUUGAAAAAUGUUUAGUUUAGAGUAAGCGCUUUAUCCAAUUAUAGAGGUACAAUUUUCCAAACUUCCAGAAGCCCAUCAAACAAACAGAUGAUGUCAAAACUACUGUGUCUAAUACCAAAAUGCUUCAGUAUUUGUAAUUUUUAAAGUCAGAAGCUAAUGUUCCUGGUAAAAGUUUUUACAGUUAUUCAAUAAUAUCUCCCUUGGAUGCUAAGCAUGACUGGUAUUUUUAAAAAUUGUGAGUAAGCUUUGCAGUUACUGUGAACUAUUGUCUCUUGGAGGAAAUUUUUGUUUAAGAAUUGAUAUGAUUAAACAGUUAAUAUAUGCAAAA